AAGAUUUUAUUUAUACACUGAGUACAAUGAACAUCUGAACCACUUACAUUAUGCAAUUCUAGAUUUCAUGCAAAUAAAUAAGUUAGUAUAUACUUGAAUUGUAAAUACUUUUUGGAAAGGAUAUAGCGGAAAGGAUAUAGCAUGUUGUAAAGAACCGAGCAAUGAGUGAGAAGUUUGAAAAUGAUUUCACACGCUAUUUAACAAGGAAAAUAGGAUUUCUGUGUAAUUUUUGUGCAGCUCACUUUUAUUGUUAACGUAACAAUAUGGCAGAUGAAGGGUGGCAGGAACGUAUGAACAAGCCUGGAUAUAAAAAUUGGAUUAUAGUGUCUCGCGCUUUAAUUGAGGCAAAGAAAGCAUUGCAUGGCUUCACUAAAGAAGCAAUCGAGUAGGUUCACUCACAGAUGAAAAGUGUGGUUAGACCUGGAACUUGCACUAAAACAGCGGCAUGUAAUACAAAUAAAGGUGAGCCUAAAUGUCUUAGCUGUUCAUUGUGGGUAAAGGAAAUAAAGAAAUCUUGUAGAGGUAAGAUAAUAUGGAAAAAUACUGAUCCAUCGAGAUGGCAUGAGCUUGCAUGGGAAAUAGCUAAAUGUUAUAUGAAUGCUCAGGGUAGUAAAGAGACAGCCCGUGCUGUCACUGGACCUGAAAAUACUGAUCUUUCUGGAAUACUUAAUGUGCUAGUGAAUUGCAAAGAAAUAAGGGAUAAUCGAUUAAAAGAGAAAAAAUUGGCUGAAGAAGUUAGAAAUGUAAGAAAUAAACUCAUGCAUUGUGCAGACAUGUCUCUUUCUGAAGAGGAAAUGAGAGAUAUGGUGGACAAAGUCAUUGCUCUUUUGGAAGAUGAAAAAGAACUGAAGAAAUUACAAGUAUGUCAGAAUACAGUGGAAUUUAUCAAGUCCUUGAAAAAUUGUAAGUUUGAAUUGAAGCAAGUUGAUGAAGAGCAAUGUUUUGAAGAAGUAUUGAAAAGUUAUAAGUUAGCUGUUGAAUUGAAAGAGAAUGGAGAAGAUAUUGAGCUUGAUAGCUUUAAGGUUUUCAAAGAAGUUUUCAAAGAAUAUAACGAUCUGCAGAGAUUUUCUGAAAAAGUCAGUGAUGUGGAGAAAGAUGUAAAAAGAAUGAAGCAGGAAUAUGAUGCCAAAUUUUCAGCAAUAGAUUUUGAGUAUGGUGAAUUGAAGGGAAAAGUUCAAUACAUUUAUGAAAAGUUUCCAACUUUGAAUAUAGAAAAUUUACAACAGCAGACUCUUUAUGUUAAUGGUAUUAACAUAAGACCAUCGUAUACAGCAGUUCUGCAUAAUAUUGCUCAAAAGAAAAAAAAGGAGCCACCCAAAUACACUGAAAAUUCUGAUGGUAAAAAAUUCACGGCAAAUGUAUUGUUUGAUGGGAAAACCUUUUCUUGCAAGGAACCCAAGUCCUCAAAAAAAGAAGCUAAGGAAAGUGCAGCAGAGGUAGCAGUAAAUUUUCUUGGACAACAGGACAUACAGCCAGACAUUACUCCUCAGACAAGAAAAGUUGAUGCCCGGCAGAUGGCAGCGGAGUUUGUGUUGCGAUUCUUAGAAAGUGAAGAAAAGAAAGUGUGUGUCAAUGGCACAGACUCUACUGAUGGGAAUUUAUCUGAAAGUUCAUGCCAUUACCUACAAAUGCACGAAAAUGAAGAUUCAAAUCAAUCAACACCUGCAGAUGACUGUGACCAACCAUGUACAUCAAUUGAAGUAAAGCCUGGUGACAAUUUGCAAAAGGAAAAAAAUUAUAGGAGUCAACUGAAUGAAUACUUACAGAAAAAGAAUGAAAAAAGUCCUGCUAAAUACGAAGAUGAAAAGUUGGAUAGUGGUCAGUUUCAAAGUCAUGUAACAGUUUUGGGAAAGACGUUCACAGGUGAGGGUUCGAGUAAGAAGAAAUCUCAAGAAAUGGCUGCAAUGGAAGCCUACAAGUAUUGUAACCUCAAAUCAACAGAAAUUGACAAUGACACCGACUCCUCCACAGCAAUAGUACCUUGUGUUGAUGAAAGUUUAAUUGACACAUCGUAUCAAAAUGCGGUUGGACAAUCGCCUUCUGAUACAUCUACUUUGGCUACAAGAGAGGAGUUAGAGGUUGCAGAAAACACCACAACUAACUCUACAACAACUGGGACCAAGGCGAUCGUUCAUUUGCCUGAAGAUUUUAAAACUGAUUUGAAAGAAUUCGCGGAAAAAAGAAAUUUGAAGGUGCAGUAUGAUAUUAUUAAAAGCAAAGAUAAAACUACAGAAUGCUUCUUAAGCAAAGUUUUUGUGGGUAGAAGAUGCUUCAUUGGUAAACGACAGAAAAGCAAAAUUAAAGAAGCUAAAAAGCAUGUGGCUGAGAUUGCUCUUAGCAUCAUGAAAGAGAAAAAACACGACAUGGAUUACUCCCGUAAAGAUACUCUGGAUAAAUAUAACAAGGGUUUUGGUUUUUCAGAUUAUCCUGAAUAUGAAACACAGCAACUGGAUAAUGAAGAAUUUAUCGUGGAAAUAAAAGUGAAGAAGAAAUUUGAAAUAAAAUGCAACGAGUCAAAACCGAGUAAAAAAGAUUUAAAAAAGUGUCUUGUUGAAAUGGCUAUCCAGAGACUUGAAAAUGAAAAGAAGACAAUACCAAAUGGGGACAACGCAAGCAGCAGGUUUAAUAAAUUUAUUCAAUCUGAAAAGGGGGAAACAAAGCAAGAAUUUUGCAUAGAAGAAAAGCAGCCGCCUUUUACUGGGUUGUUGCGCUUUUAUAUUGUAGAAAUUUACGAAAGUUUGAUUUCUUGUUCGACUGAGGAAGAAGCUGUUAUUAGUGCUGCAAUGUCUGCCUCCAAUGCAUUAGACUUACUAUAAAGAAUAAGUUAUUUUAUAAAUAGUGACUUAUAGGUUAUUUUUACUUUUACGAUAAAGAAAUUUUAAUGAAUUAGCUGAUAUUUUUUAUGAUUAGUAAUUUUCAUCGUCAAAUGAAAUUUGUUUCGGCUUCCGUGAGCAACAGUAAUUACAUAAAUAUUAAAUUAUGGAUUGCAUCAUUACUAGUAAAUGUAAAGCUCACUACCUCUAUUUAAAACUUUAAAAGACAAUAAAAUUUACAAUCCAUA